AUGGCUCACAUACCAGUGCGUGGUUCACGUCCUGGAAAGCAUGUCAACUUGGAAGAGUACGAGAUCAAGUAUCUCUGUAUGACGGCCCGGGAUAUCUUUAUCAACCAGCCGAUCUUGCUUGAGUUGGAAGCACCCAUCAAGAUUUGCGGUGAUAUUCACGGUCAAUACUACGACCUGCUUCGUCUGUUUGAAUACGGAGGCUUCCCUCCAGAAGCUAACUAUCUCUUCCUGGGUGACUAUGUGGACCGAGGAAAGCAGAGUCUCGAGACGAUCUGCCUCUUGCUUGCCUAUAAGAUCAAGUAUCCGGAGAACUUCUUUAUCCUUCGCGGCAACCACGAGUGUGCAAGUAUCAAUCGUAUUUACGGAUUUUACGACGAAUGCAAGCGUCGUUUUAAUAUUAAACUGUGGAAGACAUUCACUGACUGCUUUAACUGUCUGCCCAUCGCAGCUAUCAUUGACGAAAAGAUCUUCACAAUGCAUGGCGGUUUGUCGCCGGACCUGCAGAGCAUGGAGCAAAUCCGCCGCGUCAUGAGGCCCACAGAUGUGCCGGACACGGGUCUCCUCUGCGAUUUGUUAUGGUCCGACCCCGACAAGGAUAUAUCGGGUUGGUCGGAAAAUGACCGUGGCGUUUCGUUCACGUUUGGGCCUGACGUGGUGUCACGCUUCCUUGCCAAGCAUGAUAUGGAUCUCAUAUGUCGCGCACACCAAGUGGUGGAAGAUGGUUACGAGUUUUUUGCCAAGCGGCAAUUGGUGACGCUGUUCUCGGCCCCCAACUACUGUGGUGAAUUUGAUAAUGCCGGUGCUAUGAUGAGCGUGGAUGAGACGUUGUUGUGUUCAUUCCAAAUUUUGAAGCCUGCAGAGAAGAAGCAAAAAUAUGCGUACGGCGGUAUCAACAUGGGCCGGCCGGUCACACCUCCUCGCAAGCAGAAGAAGAAGGGUGGUGCCUAA